UCUCCUUCUUCCGUAUUGGGAACGCGGAAUGACUGACACAAGCAGUGAAGUUGGCAAAAAGCUUGUCUCGGAAGCCCUUCAAAAUAAUCCAUCGUUAACACGAAGGCAAGUGAAGGAUUGGAUAAAUAACUAUAAAAAGAAGCUAUCAGGUAAGAAAAGGAAGAGAAGCAAACAGAGCAAUUCGAGCAUAAGAAAAAGAAAGAGAACAGCUCGUGAUAUAUUUCAAGAAGAAUUUUUAAAACAAAACCACGGUAGUAUGAGAGGACUGGAGGAGGAAUGGAGCAGGGUAAAACGAGAUAAGACAGCCUUAUGUGCUCUGGAGACAGAAGCAGAAGAAAGAAAUGCAGGGACGGUGUUGCUGACCAACUCGGAGAAGGAGCAAAAAGCCAUGAAAAUCAGGAAAGAGAUGCAGAACCUUGCAACUGAACUCUCAAACAUUGGAUUCGAAUGCUUUGGAAUGAUUGCCAAGCCAAACAGCAAUUUAUGUGGUCAGUUUGGAACGCAAAGGGGCAAAGAAUUUUUAAAUGGAAGUAACUUGUAUUGGGAGUUCUUGAGUCAAAUCAACGUGAACAAGAAUGACAAAUCCACGAUAGAAUGGGAAAAUUUGCGUUCUGCUGUUCAGGAAAAAAUGAAUCAAGCAUACAGGGAUUCUGGAAUGAAGUCAAAAAGGGUUGAAUGGAGGAAGAUAAAAGAAGGAGAUGUUUUAGCCUAUGGCUUCCCGGAAAAUCUUAAUCCAGCGCCAGCGUCCUCAUAUGGAAAAGAAUCUUUGCGAAGACUCCUCGAUGAAAAUGUAGUUUUUUCAUUUCAAAGGGCUGCAGUUGAUAUACCCGAAGGAAUGGAGCCUCCGUUUAAAAUACUAGAGUCUUCUAGUAACCAAAAUGCCGACUUUUUUGAUACGGACACAAAUAUGGCAAUUCAAAACGAAGACGAAGUUGAGCAAAUGGCAGCAUCAGUCGAUCUGAGUGAUCCAGCUCACCUGAAAAAUUUAGUAACUUCCCUUCAGGAGGCUACCCCUGUCCUAGAAAACUCCGAGGUUUAUCCAGUAGAGUGUCUCCUUGGAAAAAAAGUGAGAAAGAAAGUUACCCAUUAUUUAGUAAAGUGGAAAGGAUUCGAGAAUCCAACUUGGGAGCCUCACCAUAACAUCCCGAAAGAAAUAAAGCUGGCCUACAAGAAUUCAAAAAAAUGA